GUGAGGGGCCUUGGGCGGGCGCGAGGGAGGGAGGGAAGGAAGGAGCGAAGGUGCGUCCUCAGCCCGGGGCCCGCCGCCACCGCUGUGGCCGGUGAGGGGAAGGGGCAGCGCUGCCCCCGCGUCCAGGUCCCCUCUCGAGGUAGGGGGAGGGAGGCGAUGGCGGCGGGCCCCGGAGGCAGCAGCGGCAGCGGCGGGGUGGCGGCGGCGGCGGCGGCGGGAGGGCCGGGCUGGCGGUUGCCGGGGCGGGUGCUGGAGCUGGUCUUCUCCUACCUGGAGCUGCGGGAGCUGAAGAGUUGCGCCUUGGUCUGUAAGCUGUGGCACCGCGUCCUGCACGGUGAUGAGAACAGCGAGGUGUGGCGCAGCUUGGCGGCCCGCUGCCUGGCGGAGGAGGCCCUGCGCACCGACAUCCUCUGCAACGUGCCCACAUACAAGGGCAAGGUCCGUGCCUUCCACCAUGCCUUCAGCACCAACGACUGCUCACGGAACGUCUACAUCAAGAAGAACGGCUUCACGCUGCACCGUAACCCCAUUGCCCAGAGCACAGACGGGGCACGGACCAAGAUCGGUUUCAGCGAGGGCCGCCACGCCUGGGAGGUGUGGUGGGAGGGCCCGCUGGGCACCGUGGCCGUCAUCGGCAUUGCCACAAAGCGGGCAGCCAUGCAGUGUCAGGGUUACGUGGCCCUGCUGGGGAGCGAUGACCAGAGUUGGGGCUGGAACCUGGUGGACAAUAACUUACUGCAUAACGGGGAGGUGAAUGGCAGUUUCCCACAGUGCAAUAAUGCGCCCAAAUACCAGAUAGGUGAAAGGAUUCGCGUUAUCCUGGACAUGGAAGACAAAACAUUAGCGUUUGAGAGGGGCUAUGAGUUCUUGGGAGUUGCCUUCAGAGGACUGCCAAAAGUUUGCCUGUAUCCAGCAGUGUCUGCUGUGUAUGGUAACACAGAAGUGACUUUGGUCUACCUGGGAAAACCACUGGAUGGAUGACGUGGAUUGUUUUGUUGAGACAUUGAGAUGUGGAUGAUUGGGAGGAGAAAUCUGCAUGUUGGUUAGAAGGAAACGUGUAUUAGAGGAAAAACAAAAAAGUGUGUGUGUGUGUCCAAGAACCAUCGAGGGAAUCAUGUGGAAUUUUGAAAUGGAGGACCAGCCAUACUUCAGGAAUUGUCUUACAUUUCCUCUUUCUACCAGUCCAGAAAAAUCCUCAGGGUUGCAGUUCGUUGAGUGGGAAGCUGACACAUGCAUGUUGCAACAGAUUUCAUUGCUAAGAUGGCAGUGUGUGACCUCAAAUAUUUAAGAAAGGAUUUGAUACAAAACUCUUUGAGGAAAUUAACCUGAGAUUUGUAAGUAGCGUGUUCUGUGAAGGACUCCCAUUUUAAAACUGCUUGUUCCUUCCCUUCCCUCCUUUGGGCCAACAUGGGUACCAGAGGAGAGCAAGUCUGGUUGGGUUUUAGUUACAGUUUUUAACAUACUGAGAAGCAUGGUCUGUCUGGACUGUCCUUCUCUAGUAUUAAUGAUACAAAAUGUGUGCAGCUAUUUUUAAGUGUAUUUUAAGGGUUGUGUACAUAGAGCACAUUGAAAAGAACAGCUAAGAGAAUGGGUUUGCUUUAUUCUAACUGGGACAUAAUUUCUCAAAGGGGGAAAAAAAGCCCACUAUGUGGCAUCAGAAAAUAUACCUCGGACAGGUAUAUAACAUUCAUGUAAGUGUACUUCUUCUGUUGUAUCGUAAAUCAUUUUGGGAUGCUCUUGUGGAGUAUGGUGCUACAUUGGGUCAUUUUCUGUGAAAGUUUCGAUAGCUUAAGCAACAGUUUUGUUCACUGUAGGAAAUGCAAAACGUUUUCACCAUGAGUUUCCUUUAGCCGAAAUUUGCAGUCUGUUUUAGGAAAGGAAGGCAUAACAGCAGUGAGCUUGUCUUUGUUUUGACAUCAAAAAUACAAACUUUUAAAGCAUUCUUACACUUUCUACUCACUGUUGCAAAAUGUUUCGAAAUAAUGAGGAAGGAGCAUUCAGUUUCUGAAUCCAGAGCUUGUUUUCAGCUUAAAUGGCUUUAUAAGGCUUUAUGACUUGGCUGAACCUUUCUUUAAUUGAAUAAAAUCCCGCAGUGCCCAAGUAUUUGCCUGCCCGUUUUCAGUCAGGGUGAGCAAAACUCUCACCAGCCCUUUGAUGGGAACUCUGGAUCAGGUUCAGCGUUCAGGCUUUUUGCUUGCACUGGUUUUCUAAAACCCCUGUACAAACACCCCCACCCCCUACCCCCCCCACCCCCCCUCACCCCCCCACCCCCCACAGUGUGUCAGCGUGCUGGCAUACGCAGGGUGGGGCAGCUGUGAAGCUGAGGGGUGUUGUAAGGAGACACUUCAUGGUGAAAUUGCUUUCCUCUGAGGUUGAAAAGUCUGUAGGGAGCUCCAGAAGGGCAUUAAAAUCUGUAAGCCCUGACUCUCAUUUUUUGUUGAUUGGUGUUUCCCAGAGCUGUCUGAACUAUUUCAGAGUGAGGCAUGCUUUUCAGAGAGGGAGAAGGAAAUGUUUAUACAACCUCUUUUUGCUUUAUUUAUGCCAGAGAAUGUGAAUUGCUUAAUAUCAGACACUGGCAAUUCUCUGAGCACACAAGAGAGGGGAAUUCUUCUCUGGCUGUUGCUCGUUCCUGUCCCCCCACUCCAUUAACUUGAGUAAUGUGGGGGGAGUGGUGCAAGCAGGUGAGUGAGGCUCCUAGUCUGCUGCUGAAGAGCUAUCCCUGGAGUGCUUUUUACCUAGUAGAUAACCAAGUUCUGCACUGGAACAUAGUAUGUACAUCAUUACCAUAUAAAAGGUUUUUAAAGUAUUUAUUUGCUUUGUGUGUUGUUUAUUGCUUAAAGGCAAUAUUGAGGUAUGUUCCUCUUGGCUGAGUUAAAGAAACAAUCUACACAGUGAGAAAUUAAGAUGUUUUAAGUGAUGCUGAGAAAAAAUGAAUAAAUGAAGUGGGACAGGCAUAGGAGUAUCUUUUGGAAAAAUCCAUUACAAGCAUUGAUUGUACUAGACUGUAAAGUAUGUAUCUGCAUAGCAGAACUGUGGGACAAAAAAGGAAACAAAAGUCUGUCCAGUUUCAGAAAAUAAAAUUGUCCCUGAGGUGAAUGUAUUCUCAGUGCAGUCCUGAAAGGUUCGGCCUCUGUGCUUGUUCAUGAAUCCAAUUAGAUGCAAGUAAACCCUGAGAAUUCUGAGGAGUUUUAUGCACCAAUUAAGAUUGAUUUCCAUUAUUCUGACUGCAUCUUACCCCAUAAAUAAUUUCCUUCUAAAUUAGAAAUGCUGAAAGUUGAACAUUCCUUAAGGGUGGGUUUGGGGGGACUCAUUUAUGUAAGAUUAUAACUUAUUCCUGGAGACCAACGCUGGCUGUACAAAAUAUUAAAAUAAACUCUGCUAUAAUUCAGAAGGA